AUGGGUUCUAAAAACUCUCAACAGCUGGCAGGCCUCUCCGAAGAAUCGGCUCCCUCAACGACAUGCCCUCACCCAGAAAGACAACUGUCAGCACCACCAGUCCUCCGAGCCCAGCCCAGUCAAAUCCAAAAUUUUCAACCUACGAAAAAAAAUAAGAGCAAUCCUCCAUCUCGCGAAGCUGCAAUUCCAAAGUCCAGAGCACGUCAAGCAACUCCUGCAGGCGAGCUUCGUCGCAGCAAACGCAUUCAAGCGAGCAAGGUUACAGAGCGAAAGAGCGUUGCUCCUGAGCUGCAAAGGAAAGAGAAGAGCGUCGCCCCAGAAAUUCCAAAGAGGGAUAAAAGUGCUGUCCCUGAGGCGAAGAAGAAGCAGGAAAGUGCGGCUCCAGCACUGCCAAAGAAGAAACAGAAGGAUAUUUUGCCAGAAACUCAGAAGAAACAGCAGGUUGCCGCCACACAGGCCAAUGAGCAACCAAAACUCCCAACUGGGUAUUUCACCUCAGAUGUCCUCGACCAAAGCGCAGGUAACAACAUAGCCGGUGGAAACACAACCCAAUCUGGAGAACCAUUCUCCUCAGGAGCCGCGGAGAGCGCGAACAUCAACAACCAUGUCCUACCAACUAUUGAGUCCAGAGAGUCUUCUCCAGCUAGAAGCGUCCGCAACGGCAAAGGAAAAGGCAAGGAACCUAUGAAUAACCGCAGUCAAAGCCCAAGACAAUCCAGCAACGACCGCUACCGCGUCAGCAAGAGCAGAUCGCCUGAAAGCGGGUCUUCUUUCGAUCUCACCAGAAUUCAGGCAAAUUUGUCUGAAUCCAUGGAGAAGAUGAAGAAAGCGCAGCACGACAUGGCCGAGAGGAUUAAAGAAGGUGCUGUCAAGCUAAAAGACAGCCAUACAUACUCUAACAGGCUUGAAAAAGAGCUCCAGAAAGCCAAGAAUGAACUCGAGGACAUGACGAAUGAACGCGAUGAAAGGGAGAGAGACUACUUGGAAUACCGCAUGCGUGAACUUCACCGCCGGUAUGAAAUCACGGAUCUCAAAGCCGAGAAGGAGAAGCUUAUCGAGCAACGCAAAGAAAAAGAUGGAGCGAUAGCCCUCGCUAUAUGGAAACAUGAUGUUGAAGUCGGCAAGCUCAAACACACGAUCAAAGAAUUGGGAGCAGCGCUUGCUGCUGAGCAGCGAAAACCGGAUAUUAAAAAAUGGGUUAUGACCACAAGCGCUACAAGCUCUACAAGUGCCUCAAGUGCCUCAAGUGGUUCAAGCGACUGGUUGACUACGACGGAAGGUUCAUCAAGUGACACCAACCUUCGCGCAUUCUCCACAUGGUCCAGUCAAGCGCCAGACGAGCAACCAAGCGCUGAGCUGAAGGACUUCGCUGAGUAUGUGAAGCAAAAGGACUCGACGAGAAGUUUUGAUCAUUACAGACGUGGUAGAGCCAUCAAUGGAUUUUACUUCCAAGAGACACUCAGGGAGGAGCAGAUCCGAGAGAGGAGAGUUGGGAUGAGGGCCAUGUCUGAGACGGGUGAUUGGUCCAAGCGGUUGGAGGUAUUGGAGAGUAAUGAACGUUUAGAAAGGGAGAGUAGAUGA